CCUCUUCAAUAUCGAUAUCAACUUCAUCACCUUCCCCUAAUAAACCUGAUAUAAAUGAUCUCUCUUUAAAUGAGAAUCAGACUAUAAAGUCAAAUAAACCUUUCAAUACCUUUUCAAGAGGUAAAAAGCGCGUCGGCUUGCCCGCUAUGUGGUCUGUCACCAAAGAGUCAAUUUCACCACCUACACGUCCACGUACGAGUUCGAAAAGAAAUGCUGUCAUGUUUGAACCUAAAUCCACUAUCAUACCUUCAUCACCUGCAUCGUCUUCAUCAGCAACCUCGCAUAAUCAUUCAAUGAGCUUAGACAACCCUCAGGAUAGUUCCUUUGAUUCAUCCUUUAGUAGUACACAAAGACCUAGAGCUCCUUCUGAACCUUCAAAAUCUGAUUACUAUUAUCAUAACCCUUCACCUGCUAGAGUAAAGAAGCCUAGGCUAUCUCCACUCAAACCACCUUUCAUGUCAAUUAAAACUCUAGGUAGAGCUUAUUCAGCUCCUGGUAAUUACGUAGGCGAAUCUAAAACAAUUUCUGGCGGAUUUUCACCAUAUCAAUCUCAAUCACCCUUCCUUAAUAGUAAUUCAAAAUACAAAUCAGCUCCAAUACGCGAACGUAGGCAAAACAAGAAGAAUAGGUUGCCAAUGCCUUCAUUUGAUCAACAAUCACCGUCAUUAUUCAAUGAUGAACAGUCUGAAAAUCAACCUGAACCUUCAAAUACUUUUAUUAAACCAGCUCCUUUCCGUAGAGCUUUUUCAUUAGUCGCGCCAAACCCUAUGGCUAAUAUGCCUUCCCCUGGUUUAGAUAGCUCACCAUGCGCUGAUGCUUCACCAUCAAUCAGACCUUUAUCACAACAAAUCCAAAAACCUGCCAAUCCUAUUAGACCUUCGGGACCUCUAAGGGCACUAAGCGCUUUACAAGGUCCUACAGUAUCCCCAAGAGGUGUACAAAUUCCUGGUUUUGGUCAUUCUGAAAAGGAAGGAAAAUUAUUACCAUGUUUCAGUGUAAAAGAUGAUGGUUUAAUGAGGAUACAACCUGAAACACUGGAUAAACUAAUCAGCGAGCCUCUACCAGAAAGUAUUUCUGAUGUGCACAUAGUUGAUUGUCGGUUUCCAUUCGAGUAUCAUGGUGGACAUUUACCUGGCGCUGUCAAUUUAGGUACUUUACAAUCCGUUGAAAAUUACUUUUUAAUUCCAAAUGCUGGUGCAAAUAGAGAUACGAAAUCUUUACCAACUCCAUCAACCUCUGCAUCAUCAAAUGAAAGCCGAAAAGUUAUCAUAUUCCACUGCGAGUUCUCAAAUAUGAGAGCACCUACACUUGCUAAACACUUGAGAUCUUUGGAUAGAAGUCGUAAUGAACAUCCAAAUCUUAACUUUCCAGAGUUGUAUAUAUUAUCUGGCGGAUAUGCGGAAUACUUUAGACAAUUCCAUAAUGUUAAACCCGAAUUGAAAUAUACACCAAUGGACGCCCCACACUUUCAUCCACAAAGGGAAGCACAUUUAGCUGCAUUUAGAGCUUCAUCAAAACCAUCAUCGAUAGGUUGUUUAAAUAUGGGAUUAAGAUCAAAAUCGUUUACUUUUGCAACUAAUAAUUCUAGAUUAACAAAUGUAUCAAAAUUACUACAAGAUCAGACAGUCACUGAAGAAUCUGAUACAUCGAUGGAAGCAUCUCCAUGUGGUAACAACAAUAUGCUCAGACCUUCUUUACUCAAUAGAACUAAGUCUUUAGCGAAACUACAGAGUUCACCACUUACUUUAGAUUUUGAUGAGAAAGAGAACAAUUUGAGUAGAGAUUUAACAUUCGUUGAGCGUAAUUAAAUUGGUUUCUUUCAUGUAUAUAUUUUUCAUAAUUGUUCACUAAUACACUUAUAACGUUGAAUUUUACAUCAUUGAUUUGUUAAUUUCUCUAAAUCUUGAAUACGUAAUUCAAGUUGAUUAGAUCUUUGAUCGCGUUGUUCUAAUUGAAGUUUAGUAAGAGAAACAUAACUCAUGUAUUCCUUUCUAAGAUCUUCAUAUUGUGAGCGUAAUUCGGUAUACAUUCCAGCACGCUCUCUUGUAUUUGACUCUUGACUACGUUCGUUACUCUCUAAAUCUAACUGCCUUUGAGAUUUUAGUACUUCUAAUCUUUUUGACAUUUCAUUUAAAGUAUUAAUUUGAAAGUUCUCUCUAGCAGAUAAACCAAUGGUUAAUUGAUUUUCUAAUAGUUGAAUUUUAUUACUUUGCUCUUGGUUUUCUUUACUUAAAUUAAAAGCAGCUUCUGAUGAUUGUUUAUAUUGCUGUCUUAGAAAGUCAUUAUCUUCUACUAAACCUCUUUCUCGACGGUUAGAAUUAUCUAUUAAUUCCAACAAUCUCUUAUUCUCUUCCUGAAGUCGUGUAUGAUCUUCUUUUAAAUUUUGUGCAAAGCUCGUAAAUUGAUCAAAUGGAUUUCUUUCCUAAUAGUGAUAUCAAAAUAGAUCGUUGAUUAGUUUAAAUUAACAUACUUCCACUUCUGCGUUAUCAACCUUUAC